AUGUCGUCCCAGUCCAAGACCAUGCCAACCCAACCUGAUCACCCCCCCAAAGUGACCCCUGCGACGGACUUGAACGCCUAUGCUAUGGCAGUGCUCAAACAACUCAAGUUAAUGCUCCUUGCGCAUAAACAAGAAAUCAACGACCUUCACGCUCAACCUACGGAAUCGGCCAAGCCCAAUGGAUUGUGGGCUGUUGAGUCGGAGACCAAGGACAUGCUGCGAAAGGUCAAGUUCAACGGAAAGUACAUCUCGGCCUUCAAGGUGAAAUUCCAAACCGUCUGUCAACUGCGCCACAUCUGGGAGAUUGUUGACGGGAGUUAUAUCUUACCUGACGACGCCGCGGAAGUCGAAGCGUUCGAGUACGAGGACAAAACCAACCUGGCCUAG